AUGGCUGCUGUACAAGGUAACGACGAUGGAAUCGAGGAGAAGCUCAUCAACGAGGAAUACAAGAUAUGGAAGAAGAAUACGCCGUUUUUGUACGACAUGGUAAGUAUACUUGCUUUUAAAGUUGUUUCUUUAGUUAGUUAAUAUUCUUUGAGUAAUUUAAGAAAGGCUUUUAUAUAUUUUUUUUCAAAAGAUUGUAGAAACGCACAUCUUAUAGGUAAUGACCCAUGCUUUGGAAUGGCCAAGUUUGACUGUCCAAUGGCUUCCAGACUUUCAAAAAGCUGAGGGAUCUGAUUAUUCUACUCAUCGUAUUAUUCUUGGAACCCACACUUCUGAUGAACAAAAUCAUCUGGUAAUUGCUAAGUUGCUUUUGCCAACUGAAGAUGCCCAAUUUGAUGCUUCUAAGUACGAUACUGAUCGAGGAGGUAACAUUUUAUGUUGUUUUUUUAUGCAUUUAGGUACUCUACGGAUUCCGAACACUUUCUUAAAGUUACUUAAAAAGUCGAAAGAGCAAUCAACUAUGUUUUAAACCUUAUCUUUAUAGAGUUUGGAGGAUUCGGCUCGAUCACCGGUAAAAUUGAUGUGGAGAUCAAGAUGAACCAUGAAGGUGAAGUUAACAGAGCAAGAUAUAUGCCCCAGAAUCCUCACCUACUUGCGACAAAGUCGCCUAGUUCAGAAGUGUUUAUCUUUGAUUAUACUAAACAUCCAAGUCUCCCAACUAAUGAUAAUGUCUGCAGGCCACAGCUGAGAUUGAGAGGACAUACCAAAGAAGGUAGGUAGUAAAAAAUUUGCUGAUAUUAAUGUCUUUUGUAAGUGAUUUCCUAGCUAGUUACGUGUAUUACUUUUUAAAUUAAUUUAUAUAUUAUGUUAGGUUAUGGUCUAUCAUGGAACAGUAAUUUACCAGGACACUUGUUGUCCGCUUCUGACGAUACCACGGUGUGUCUGUGGGAUAUUCAAGCUAACACAGCUAAUGCUACGUAUCUUGAUGCCCAAACAACAUUCACUGGUCACGCUGCUGUAGUUGAAGAUGUCGCAUGGCAUGUUCUCCAUGAUUCGGUGUUCGGAUCUGUUGGUGAUGAUCAUAAAUUGAUGGUCUGGGAUACUCGUAACAAUACUCCAUCAAAGCCAGCUCAUUCUAUUGAUGCUCAUUCGGCUGAAGUUAACUGUUUGUCAUUCAAUCCCUACUCGGAGUUUAUUUUGGCUACUGGGUCUGCUGAUAAGGUAACAGGCAGUAAAUUAACAGUAUUUUUGUAUCAUAGUUUUAUUUUUAAAUUUGUGAUGACGUUUUAUAAUAAUGAUCGUUCAGACUGUCGCUUUGUGGGAUUUGAGAAAUCUCCGAUUGAAAUUACAUUCGUUCGAGUCGCAUAAGGACGAGAUCUUCCAAGUUCAAUGGUCUCCCCACAACGAGACAAUCCUUGCUUCUUCUGGUACCGACCGUCGCCUUCACAUUUGGGACUUGUCCAAGAUUGGAGAAGAACAAAGCCCAGAAGACGCCGAAGAUGGACCUCCAGAGCUUCUGUUCAUUCAUGGUGGACACACGGCCAAGAUUUCCGACUUCUCGUGGAACCCCAACGAGCCAUGGGUCAUAUGCUCGGUGUCAGAAGACAACAUUAUGCAAAUCUGGCAAAUGGCCGACAAUAUCUACAAUGAGGAAGAGACAGAAACGGCAGGAGCUGACGCUUAA